UAUUCUCUUUGUUUUUUCCAUCCCUAGUCUGAUGCCAGUGAUCUCUGUCAUACGGCAACUGACUGUUUUUUUUCAAACAUUUUGGUGAUGGCGGAGGACAGUGAAUCCGCGGCCAGUCAGCAGAGCCUGGAGCUGGACGACCAGGACACCUGCGGCAUAGACGGAGACAACGAAGAGGAGAAUGAGCAUAUGCAGGGGAGUCCAGGUGGAGACUUAGGGGCCAAGAGGAAGAAGAAGAAGCAGAAGAGGAAGAAAGAGAAGCCAAGCUCAGGGGGAGCCAAGUCGGACUCUGCCUCAGACUCUCAGGAGAUAAAGAACCCUGUUUUGCCCAUUCAGAAGUUGCAGGAUAUCCAAAGAGCCAUGGAGCUUCUUUCCUGCCAGGGUCCAGCUAAGAGCAUUGAUGAGGCAGCCAAACACAAGUACCAGUUUUGGGACACUCAGCCUGUGCCAAAGCUAAAUGAAGUAGUGACGAGUCAUGGGCCAAUUGAAGGUGACAAAGAAAACAUCAGACAGGAGCCAUAUUCUUUACCUCAAGGCUUUAUGUGGGAUACGCUGGAUCUCAGCAAUGCAGAUGUAUUGAAAGAGCUAUACACUCUGUUAAAUGAAAAUUAUGUGGAGGACGAUGACAACAUGUUCAGAUUUGAUUAUUCACCAAAUUUUCUCAAAUGGGCACUGCGUCCACCUGGAUGGUUAUCACAGUGGCAUUGUGGUGUGCGAGUGUCCUCAAAUAAGAAGCUUGUUGGCUUCAUCAGUGCCAUCCCUGCAGAUAUACGCAUCUAUGACUCGCUAAAGAGGAUGGUAGAAAUCAACUUCCUGUGUGUCCAUAAGAAGCUGCGUUCAAAGCGUGUUGCUCCUGUGCUCAUCAGAGAGAUCACAAGGAGGGUGAACUUAGAAGGAAUAUUUCAGGCAGUCUACACAGCAGGAGUGGUGCUGCCUAAACCUGUGUCCACAUGCAGGUAUUGGCAUCGUUCUUUGAACCCCCGAAAACUUGUGGAAGUUAAAUUUUCCCACUUGAGCAGAAACAUGACGCUGCAAAGAACCAUGAAACUCUACAGACUACCAGAUAGCACCAAAACUCCUGGUCUGCGGCUCAUGGACAGACGUGAUGUCCGCCAGGUCACCGAGCUGCUUCAGAAAUACCUAAAACGUUUUCAGCUCGCACCUUCUAUGGGCGAAGAGGAGGUGGCCCACUGGUUUUUGCCACAGGACAACAUAAUUGACACAUAUGUAGUAGAGGGUGCUGGUGGUGUUCUGACAGAUUUCACUAGUUUCUACACUCUACCCUCGACUGUGAUGCAUCACCCUCUCCAUAGGAGUCUGAAGGCUGCUUACUCCUUUUACAGUGUUCAUACACAAACCCCGCUACUGGAUUUAAUGAAUGACUCACUGAUCCUGGCUAAACUGAAAGGUUUCGAUGUGUUCAAUGCCUUGGAUUUAAUGGAGAAUAAGGUGUUUCUGGAGAAGCUCAAGUUUGGCAUAGGAGAUGGAAAUCUGCAGUAUUACCUCUACAACUGGAAGUGUCCCCCCAUGGACCCUGAUAAGGUUGGUCUCGUCCUUCAGUAGCAGGCCUCGUCACGGCGGCUACUCUCAAUCAUGAUGGUGGAGAGGUUCUCACUGAACCUCGGGCUACUUCUUACCUGGACGUACAGGUAGCCCCAAGCUAGACAACGAAAUCUACAACAGUAAAAACCAACCUGGUGGCCGGAAGGCGGUUCAAACCGGGCACUUGUGUCAUCAAUAACAUUCUCAGUUCACCUGGAGCUGAAAAAAAACUCUAAACCAUCAACAUCCUGAAUGUGAAGUCAUGCUAUGCCUGAGAUACUCAUACAGUACAAUGCUCCAGACAUGAACAGUCACAUUUAAAAACUCACCUAAUGUGACAUUCGAGAGGAUGCCUUGACAUUUGUAAAUUUUGUUUAGCUCUUCCUCAGCUGACACUUUGUCACACAGGACGUUUCUGUCAUUUAAUUUCACUGAGGGAAACAUGUAAAUGAUAAUCAGCAAGUAAUCUCAGUCAAAUAUUAUUAGCAACUGUUUCUCUGUUGGUCAUCCUGUCAAAAACAAAUAGUUAUUGUGUCACAGCAACUGAACAGUUAUUAUUCCCGCGUGUUCUCAUAUUAGUGUGGUCUAAAGUGUCUCUGCUGACUGUGCUGGGGCCUCAGUAGAUGUAGAAAUGCUGAGGCAUUUCCUUUUAUGAGACGUGUUCUGGAAAAAUAUAACUUUAUAAUCAUUCAUUUUUUUCCAAGUAGAGACACACAAACUGUCAAAUAACACAUAAAAAGAUAAAAAAAAAAGGAAGGUGUCAUCCAACUGGUUACUUGAUAUACAUGAUUUUGUUAAAAACUUAUAGUUUCUCGUACAUUAAGAUCAUGUUUAUUCCUGUAGUGUGCAUUUAGGAUCUGGGAGGCCUUGUCCUAAGUAUUUUUCCUCUGAUGUAGUGUAGACAUCACUGAGUUUGUUCAUGGGUUUCAGUGGUUAUUUAAGAAGAAUGUAUUACAUCAAUGAAGCACAAUUUUUUAGUUCUUAAACAAGCAAAAGGUCCUUAAAGGGUUGGAUAACCCAGAUUUUAAAAAAAGGGUAGUGGAACAUGGUAUAAACUCAUUGUUUCCACAAAGGAUGUAAGCUGUUUUUACAUUAUAAAACUGUUUCUAGAGAUUAUAUUUUUAAUACAACACAAUAAAAUGUGUUAUUUGGUCAUAGUGACUGAUGUGUUCAUGCUGAUCUUUGUUAUAACAAAAACAGUAACUGCAUAGAAGUAAUUUGAUGUCAGUAAAGAUGUGUGAGUGUAAGUAACAAUAAACAGGACACACACCAAAAAAAAAUUUGUACUAAAAUAUUUUCAAAAUUGUCCAGUUGUUGGUCUGGAGACAGUUUUAUGGUUUAAAAUGUGCUUAUUUGCUUUGAAGGAGUACAUGUUCUCAGUUACGUCACUUUAAAAACAGCCAGUUUCUGUUUUAUUUUGUUACAUUUGUUGCCGCGUUUCUCUCUCCUUAUUUUAAGUAGCCUGUUGCAAAGCAAAAAAAGCUGUCACUGUAAAACUGCUGAGGUACAUGUCUGCAGUUGCAAGCAUUUCUGAACAUAAUGUGUCGUUACGAUUCCAUCCUCUCACUCAGUGUGCCCUUAACCCAGGUCUCAGUUAAAUAAGACUUAAAGAGAAUUGAGCACAGCUCUCAAAAGUCAUUUCCAACAGCAUGUAGUCCAAGUCUAGUGGCUGAGUCAACAAUCAACGCUUGCAUCAGUAUCUGCAUCAGUUUGAAAUGUGAGCUUUUCCUGUUUUUCCAGGUGUGUUUCUUUAUUGACUGCUCUUGAUUUGUUUUAAUGGUACUGUAUUUUGUGUGUCUGAAAAUUAUUCUGUAGGUUAUUUUUUCAGUGCGUUGCGCAGCUAAAUGCGUGAAACACUUCUGAUAUUUAUAACUGUACUUUGCGAAAUGUCUCUCAGACGUCAUUCUUACACUUAAUUUCCAGGAUUUUCCUCAACUUCCCAGUUAGGUGGCUGACAUCAAAGCAGAUGUUUCGUUGUCAGGAUGUUUCCUGAGAAGUUGUUGAUGGACCUCUUGUUUGAUCAUGGUUUAUUUAAAAUAUUAUAAUUGUUUUUUAAUGGUCUUUUUUUUUACGUUUGUUUUCCUGUUCUAGGUAAAGGCUGCAGCCAUUUUUGUUGUUGACAUUUCUGUAUGUAAUGUGAUUUCCCUCUCAUCCCUUUAUAAAUAUCAAGCAAAGAACCGAAGGACAGUCAAUGUUUCAGGACUCAGAUUUCUUUUCUACCACUGAAAGGUUGAAUGAGUUACAUUCAUACUGAUAGGACUUACCAGGAUUACUUAAAACACUGAAUAUCAGAGUCAAGAGUGUGCCUCGUGGAUUUUGGCUGUCACAGAUGUGUUGCCUGCAGCUGUUUGAAUGAACCUUGAGCAUGUCACUUUUGCUGCUGUGUUGAUUUUUAGACUUGAUGUUACUAGCUACACCCUUUAGUGAGAACUUGACCCAAAUUACCUGCCUUAUUUAAAAGAUUUGUUUCCAGAGAUUUUGGGGAUGGGGUGAGCAGGUUGUACUUUUGAAUCAGCAUACAGCUUUCUCUAACUGAAGACUGAUAUUUUUAGUCAGAUCCAUUGUAAGCUGUGGAACAAGCUGAUGAACAUGUACCAGCAUCACAUAUAGACAUGACCACACGCAAAUAACAAUCCGUUUCAAUACACGUCGGCUAUACCAGCAUGGAUGUUUGAUUGAAUAAACUCACUUUACAAAAGGAA